GCUAUCGCCAGGGGCUGUGCAAGCCUUGGAGCUCUCGAUCGACCCCAGGGGCUUGAAAAUCCACCCAUGGCGCGCAAAUGCGGGGCGGAUUCCGGCCGUGCCAGGCAAAUCUACGCGCAGGUGAUCCAGAACAGGGCUGAGAUUGACGAUUUCAUUGCCGAGGAGCUCGUCCAGAUGUUCAUACGUUGUGGAUCUCUCUCAGACGCCGUGAAAUCGCUGGAUGAGCUGCGAAUCCAGAGCGUGGUCGCGUGGACUGCGACGAUCUCGGCAUUUGCCCGGCUGGGGCAUCGCGGCGAGGCAUUUUUUCUCUUCCACAGGAUGCUGCUGGAGGGUGUUUUGCCAAACAAGGAUAGUCGAGCGAGAUCUUCAAAGGGAUCGUCUUGUCGGCACAGCUCUGGUAAAUCUCUAUGGCAAGUUCCAGAGGCUGGACGAGGCGUGGACGAUUUUUUGCGCGCUAGAAGGAAGAGAUCUUGUGUCGUGGAACUCCAUGCUAUCGGCGUUUAGCGAGCACCAGCAGUGGAGAAGGAGCCUUGAGCUUUUCAAAGCGAUGCUGCUUCAAGGUUUGUCUCUGGACAGUAUAACAUUCCUCGCAGCGCUCAAAGCUUGUGCCAACUUACGGGAUUUGUCACAGGCAAAGCUUGUCCAUGGACAAAUCUGUGAGAGCGGACUAGAAGGAGCGGACAUGGUCGGGAACACGAUCGUUGAUACGUAUGGAAAGUGUGGCAGUAUCGACGAUGCUCUAGCGGCUUUCGAGCGAAUUCCAGCCAAAGACAUCGUUUCCUGGAACGUCAUGCUAGCAUCUCUCAGCCAGAAUGGAAGCUCUGCCGAGGCAGUAAAACUUUUCAAGCAAAUGCUUCACGAGGGAGAGAGAGCCGAGAAAGUUACAGUCGCGACGCUGCUCCACUCUUUCGCGAGCCGGGAGUUUUUGCAAGAAGGUGCGGAAGCAUGGAUCGAGCGAGUAAAAUGUUCGACACCAUCCAGAACAGGGACGUGGUUCUCUGGAACACUUUCAUUUCAUCGCUCGCUCAAGCUGACCGCGUGAAGGAUUCCUUCCAGGUGUUCCGAAGAAUGCAGCUGGAAGGUGUUCGUCCAAACAAAGUCACAUUCGCGAGCGUCAUCGACGUGUGCACAAGCUUAAGUUCGCUGGCGGAUGGAAUGCUCGUUGCCGCGCUGGUUUUGGAGAGCGGACUUGGCUCCGACACCGUUCUCGGCAACGCGAUCAUCGACCUGUAUGGGAAGUGUGGAAGCCUCGAAAACGCGUGGGAGGCAUUCGACAGGAUGGAGAACAAGGACGUGGUUUCCUGGACGACGAUUCUCGGUGCUUACUCCCAGCACGGGCUUUUCAGCGAGGUGGUCGGGCUUUUCAACAAGAUGCUGCUGGAAGGCAUAACUCCGAGCACGGUUACGUUCGUCACGGUUCUUUACGCCUGUGCGGAAUGCAAGGCUCUAGAGGUCGGGAAGAAGAUCCAUGCUCGUGUCAUGGAGGCCGGACUGGAAUUCGACGAGCUUCUCUCCAGUGCCAUUCGGUCGCUGUACGCGGAGUGUGGCUACCUGGAGGAAGUUUGCAGAGUUUUCCACGGUAGGAAGCAGGAGCAAGAGGUAGCGGCUUGGAACGGGAUGGUGGUAGCCUUGAGUAGACGGGAACUCUUCGACGAGGCAGUGGGACUCUAUCGACAGAUGCAGCUGGAAGGAGUUCCCGGGGAUAAAUUCACACUGGUGUCAGUGCUGGAAGCUUGCUCGGAGCUCCCGCUCGUCAAGUCGAUCGAGGCCAGAGCUCUAAGUUUGAGGUUGGAGCAGGACGACACGAUCAACACGGCACUUCUCAAAGCGUACAGCCGGUGUGGAAGCAUGCGAGACGCGAGGAGAGCUUUCGAGAGAACUCCAAAGAAGGACGUGGUUGCAUGGUCGGCUAUGGUGGGAGCUCACGCUCACCAUGGUUGUGGAGAAGCGGCACUGGAGCUCUUCCAGCUCAUGCAACUCGACGGCGUCAUGCCCAACGACGUCUCCUUCGUGAGCGUCUUCUCGGCGUGCAGCCACUGCGGGAGUGUGGAGAGAGCUUACGAGUACUUUGUGGGACUGGAGCAAGACUAUGGAGUGAAGGUCACGGUCGAGCACUGGAAGUGUAUGAUGGAUCUGCUGGGACGGGCUGGGCGGCUCGGCGAGGCCGAGAAGUUCUUGAGCAAGAUGGAGUUUGAGCCGGACGUGGUGUUGUGGACGACGCUCUUGGCCGCGUGCAGUGUCCACGGGGACUUUGAGCUGGGGAAGCAUGCGGCAAAGCGGAUUCUAGAGCUCGACGAGGAAGACGACGCGGCUCACGUAGUUCUUACGAGCCUCCAGCAUUCUUCGCAGAGUGAUAUCUUGGAGAGUGGCCGGGGAUAGAACACUUUGGAGCAGAGGUCGUGACACGAAACUUUGCAGCACAGCCUACCAAUCCAGGUUGCUUUGCAGCCAGUGCCAACGAAGAAGAGGUUUGGGAACACGAUCAUUCAUAAAAGAGAGAGUGCUGCUCGGGACCUUUGGGCUCUUCUUCA